GCUAAUAAUAAAUCAGAUCAAGAGAAAGAGAUCGACGUCUUACCCCGCGCACUCCCCCCCCACCCCGCUCUCUCUGGCGACAUCAUCGCCUUCCCCAACGCGGCCGCCAUCUGAUUCCCGGCGGCGAUCUCCGCUGACAGCCUAGUGGCGCACUGCUUCCUUCUCUUCUCUCGGCCAUCCCUUCGUCGCCAGCCCGGCCACCCAAAAUAAAACUAGGGUUCUUCCACUUCUGCGCGAUCGUCUCCCAAACCCUUGAUUCGCCCCCUGUUCGCUUUCAAUUUGAUCUCAAAGGGAGGAGCUCGAUCCGUGCCUCUCGCCAUGCCUCGAUACUAUUGCGACUACUGCGACACUUAUCUCACUCACGAUUCGCCAUCGGUCAGAAAACAACAUAACGCUGGCUACAAACACAAGGCAAAUGUUCGUUCAUAUUAUCAACAAUUUGAGGAGCAACAAACUCAAAGCUUAAUUGAUCAAAGAAUUAAAGAGCAUCUUGGGCAGGCUGCAGCAUUCCAAGUGGGUGCAACUUUUAACCAACACCUGAUGUCCCUCCCGGGAAACCCUCAGAGGCCCCGCCUUCCAGUUUUAACUCCACCUAUCUUGACUGCUGGAGCAUCCUCUCAGGCGCCUAUGACCUCACCAUUGCUACCAGGAGUUAGGCCUCCUGUUUUGCCACGCCCAUUUGCCGGUUAUGGUGUUGCCCCUAAUGUUCCAACUUAUCCUCCAUCUGCUAUGCCACCUGGUGCAACUUCUAUGCCAAUGCAGAUGCACAACUUUCCUAGACCUCCUACAUUGGCACCUCCAGCUUCCGGGGCUACAACGACCGCCACCUCAAAUGGUGCUGCCCCUCUGAUCAAUCCUGUUAUGUAUCAAGCCAAUCCAUCAUCAGCUGCAACUGCAAGCUUCACACCUACUGGUGCGCCUCCUGCACCUGCUACUGCUGCUGCCACAAAGGAUGGUUUUUCAUAUGCUCCGACCUCGGAGACCAACCACUAACCUCCAAACAUACCUUUUGGUGGUACUACUUUGUUUCGUGCUCUAUGGUUUGUGUGUUACAGAAGGUAUCUGUUCUGGUAAUUGCUUCACCUCUUCAGUAACUCUCAUUAUCAUUGCCAGCUAUAUAUAUAUGCAGUCAGAAUCUGUGCGCUUAGAUUUGUAUCUCAAGGUAGGCUUGGGAGAGGUUGUUGAAGGUAGUCCAAUUUGGUCUACUAUCCAAAUGGAAGUUGAAUGUGGAGAUACUGCGCAAGUACUCUUUUUCUUAUUAAUAGGUGCUUUUGCCCUUUGACAUCAGUUUUAAAGAUUAAUGAAAAAAAAACUUCUUUUUUUAGUUCUA